CCCUUUACUCUCUUCCCUUCCUUCCCUUUCUCUUCAGCAAAAGCAUCAAAUCUCUCUGUUCAUGUUCCAUUUCUUUCGUUUCCAAAUUGCAACAGUACGAAAUACACUAUAGAAACAGUGAUUCGUUUCCUGUUUCAUAAAUCCCUGCUCUUUUUCCUCUUUAUUUUGCAGCUUUUGAGCCCUUCUUCACGGACAAAAAACCCCAACUCCUUGUUUUGUUCUUUGAUAAUAGCUUUGUUUAUCUCUUUGUCCUAAACGAGAAACCAUGAAAACGUCGAUGAGAGAUAGCCCAUCUUUCUCUUCAACUCUACUCGACAAAAUCUACCGUUCAAUCGACGAUGGGGAAACCAAAAAUGAAGACCUGAGAUUUUACAGCGAGACAAUACAGAGGAAACAAAGGAUGUCGGGUUUUCAACGAGCUUGUUUGAUCGAGAAAUGGAUGGAAAAGAAGGUUAGUGAAAAGGCAAAUGCAGAUAAGAAAUAUGUUUUCUCUGAUUCUGAGUUUGUAAGAAAAACACAUCACGAUCAUGAUCAUGAUUGUGUUUUCUUUAGCUCUACUUCGAUCUCUUCUGAUUCGAGUUCCGGGGGGUUUUCCUUUUCAUCAUCUGACACCGAAUCUAUGUAUUGUACGAAAACCAAAGCUCCAUCAUGUUUUGUUCGACCAUGGCCGAAACCAGUUAAGACCAGAUUGUCGGCGGCUCAAACCGACAAGCCAGUCAAGGCAAAACAACGACAACCACCCAUUUCGCCAGGCGGUCGGCUCGCGAGUUUCGUUAAUUCGUUGUUCACGACAGGUAAUACAAAGAAAUCCAAAAGUUCAUCAUCAACACCAGCAUUAUCUUCAACCGUGUCCGUAGUAAGCCAUGAUCAAAAGCAGGUCUCGUCGUGUUCUUCGGCUUCAUCAUUUUCGAGAUCCUGUCUAAGCAAGAAUACGCCAUCGACGCGUGAAAAGCAGCGUGAUGGGGCUAAAAGAACUGUUCGGUUCUGUCCCGUGAGUGUAAUUGUGGACGAAGACAGCAGACCGUACGGACAAAGAGAAAUAUGGAAACCGCCGUCGGGAAAGUAUGACCAAGAGAUAAAGUUUCAGACAAUGGAGAAAGCAAGGCGAGUUGAAGAAAUGGCUAGAGAGUUUCUGAAAGAGUAUAAACUAAAUCAAGAGAAAAACGAAUUUAUUUCAGGGGAUUCUCGCAGGAAUUAUGUACUGAACCAUGAAGAGGAAGAUAAUGUGAGUAGAUGUUCGAGUUCGGAUCUGUUCGAGUUAGAUCACCUUGUUCUUUUAGGUAAUCAUAGGUACGAGGAAGAACUGCCAGUGUAUGAAACUACCCAUGUUGAAACAAAUCGAGCCAUUGCUAAUGGCUGGAUAGUUUAGUUCUUUUUCUUUUUUGUUCACAAUACACAUGGAACCAAAAUUUUCAGCUUUGACCUUUUCUUCAUGUAAUUUUCAU